GACUCCAGCAGCUGACACCCAGGGACCCUCUCACUGCUUCCUGGAGAAUGCCGGGUUACUUUGUAUCCAGCUCUGCUUCCUGCUGAAUGUCGGGUUGAGAGGUCAAGAUGGGUUUUCAUUGGUUUCAUCAUCAUUCAAACUCCUCCGAGUUCUUCAGCUGGGAUAUAGAGGGAAUUCGGAAUCGGUCAACAGACAACACAACGUAUUGUUACGAUGGGCCUAUCGGGAGCAGCACGGUCCUGCAAGGAUUGACGUUUGGGGGUAUCCCCACUGUUUUGGUGUUGGAUGUCGUCUGCUUUGUGCUGCUGUUGCUGAUAUUUUCCGUCAUACGGAAGAGGUUCUGGGAUUACGGUCGAGUUGCUCUGGUUUAUGACGAUGACAGUUCACCACAACGUGUGUUUAGGAGUUUUUCCGUAUCCUCAACCUCUGAAGAUCUAGAUAGGGACCGUGGAUUUUGUUCAUGGAUGGUUUCUGUUUUUCAAAUGAAUGAUGAAGACAUUCAUGAGCGAUGCGGAGAGGACGCGUCCCAUUAUCUUUCCUUCCAACGUCAUAUCAUCUGUCUGCUUGUCAUUGCGUGCAUCCUGUCCAUCGCGGUCAUCCUUCCCGCCAACCUUACAGGAGAUCUAAUGGAUAGGGACCCACUCAAUUUUGGGAGGACGACCAUUGCAAAUCUCCAGUAUGAAAGUAACCUCCUGUGGUUGCACACAGUUAUAGGAGUUGUUUAUCUGAUCCUUGUUGUGGUUUUCAUGAGACAUCACACAUCUGCCAUUCAAUAUAAAGAUGAAGGAACAGUGAAGCAAACCCUGUUCGUCACUGGCUUGCCCCGAGAUGUUGACAAAGAGAACAUCCGCAGACAUUUCAGUGAAGCCUAUCCGACCUGCCAGGUGUUAGAUGUACACCUGUGCUACAAUGUUGGUGAACUGAUUCGUCUCUCCAGAGAGAGGAAGAAAGCCGAAAAAAGCAUAGCGUUUUACAAUAAGCUCCUCCUAAAGACGGGGGAGAGUGUUUAUAUCAACCCGAAGCCCUGCGGACAGUUCUGCUGCUGCGUGACACGUGGCUGCGAACGAGAGGAUGCUAUUGAAUAUUACACCAAACUGAAAGAUGAGGUGACUGAGAAAUACAACAAACAGAUGGCUGUUGUAUAUGAUGUUUCUCUGGGAGUUGCCUUUGUGACCUUUUCAGACAAAUCUAUGUCGACUUUUAUCCUGAAAGAUUACAAUGCGAUCAAAUGCCAUGGUUGGCAAUGUUCGGCAGAACCUCAGCCAUCCUCCCUCAGUAAAGAGUUGGGGGCUUCAAAAUGGUCCGUCAAGUACGCCACCUACCCAGAGAACAUAUUAUGGGGGAAUAUUUCGGUGCAGGGAGUGAAAUGGUGGGCACGGUGUCUUGCCAUAAACUUCUUCCUCUUUAUUAUAUUGUUCUUUCUGACGACCCCUUCAAUUAUUAUAAGUACAAUGGACAAGUUCAACGUCACCAAACCAAUCUACUACCUGAACAAUCCCAUCAUCAGUCAGUUCUUUCCAACUCUGCUCCUGUGGUCCUUCGCUGCCUUGUUGCCGACUAUUGUCUACUAUUCCACCCUGAUGGAGUCUCACUGGACAAAGUCCAACGAGAACAGGAUAAUGAUGCAUAAAGUCUACAUCUUCCUCAUUUUCAUGGUGCUGAUUUUACCUUCGCUGGGCUUAACCAGUUUGGAUUUCUUCUUUCGUUGGCUCUUUGAUAAAAAUCAGGAUGCAACGGGUGCCGUGCGACUGGAAUGUGUGUUCCUUCCAGACCAAGGAGCCUUCUUUGUGAAUUAUGUCAUUGCCUCAGCUUUUAUUGGGAAUGGAAUGGAGAUGAUCCGGCUCCCAGGGUUACUGCUGUACAUUAUCCGUAUGACGUUAGCCAAGUCUGCAGGGGAGAGACGGAAUAUAAAGCAGCAACAGGCCUAUGAGUUUGAGUUUGGAGCUAUGUAUGCGCGGAUGCUCUGUGUGUUUACGGUGAUCAUGGCGUACAGUAUAACUUGCCCCAUCGUUGUGCCAUUUGGUUUGGUCUACAUGCUGAUCAAGCACUUGGUCGAUCGCCAUAAUCUGUACUAUGCCUACUUACCGACUAAACUGGACAAGAAAAUUCAUUUUACUGCCGUGCACCAAGCUAUGGCAGCCCCAAUACUGUGUCUCUUGUGGCUGUUUUUCUUCUCUCUUUUGAGAAUGGGUUUCAAGGCUCCGUCUACGCUCUUUACACUAAUAUUCCUUAUAAUCACCGUCAUUAUCUUGGUGUCUUAUACCUGUUUUGGAUGUUUCAAGCACCUCAGCCCCUUGAAUUAUAAGAUUAAGGAAUCCUCGACUAACGCGGAACCAACAAGUGAACCUGGACCCAUGUGCAAACCUGCUAGAUAUCUCCCAUAUGUUCUCAUCUCUGAACCUUCUGAAAGGACCAAACUGGACAAAGAAACGCACAGUUCUUAUGGCACGUUGAAAGACGCAGAGACACCAUCAGCCACAAUGGAGGAUGCCGAUAUAGAUUUAGAUAUGGAUUUUUCCAGCACGGAAGAUCAGCAUGCACCGAUUAUAGACUUGGCAAGUUCCUGACAAAGCUGCAUUACCUAGAACAAGCACAAGAGGGAGACAUUGCACCUCAUAUAUGGGAUGGUGCUACUAAAUUAUAGUCUCAAUAGUGAUGGGGCUUGGAAGAACAUUUCAGAGGGGAUUCGGAUGAGGAAUCUAGAUGCUACUCAGCUGCCCCAAGAACAGCUGGACGUCCCAUAAACCAUGUGUGUUACAAAUUACUGGGUCGUGGAACUGUUGCAAUAUAUCUGAAAGAUUGGACGUAUUCCUGAGAUACUGUAUCCAGCGCUGUCUGAGGGUCAGCCAUUGCUGCUUAAGGAAAUGACGGGGAAUUAGGACUCUUACGGAUCUAGGACUGUUUGAACUGUCAAGUAAAAUAAAGUUUUUAUAAAUGUC